AUGCCAGGAGCGCGGCCCUGCAGCCCCACCGCCAACCCGCUGCCCUGCUGGGCACCGCAGCCAGAAGGACCCAAGCCUGCCAAGCGCCGCUGCCUCCAGCAGGCACAGCCAGACCUGGAAGCGCCCACAGGGCCGGCCAGCGAGCAGCUCACCACCACCAUGUUCCUGCCUGCUGGCCUUGCUCUCAAACUCCAUCUGGAAGGCGUCGACCUGCUGCUGGAGCCUGAGCCCGAUUCGGUCAUCACAGUGACGCUCCCUGGACACACCAUCACCGUGGUGCCCGAGGAUCUCCAGGACUCCCACCAGCCUGGACAGCCUGGCUUCUUGCCCUCCAGCCAUCAAGAGGCCGCUCUCCUGGAAAUGCCCCAGGACCACCAGGUCAUCCUCCAGCGGGGAUCCUCCGGCACAUGUGUAGCAGACACCCAAGGCUGGGGAAACCCCUCUGACCCAGGUGAAGACGCUCAAGGAGGCUUAGGAGACUUCCUGAGGCCUAUGCCAUGGAUGGAUGCUCCAGCCGGCAUGGUCCCGGGGAUGCUUCUUCCCUUCACCGGGGUGUCCAGCCCCUUGUUCCCGGGCCAAGUGCCAUGUCCUUGGGGCCCAUCAGCCCUUCCUGGUGCAGAGAGAUAUGCUCCCAGCUCCAUCUGGAGCCUCAAAGGCAGCAUGCUGUGGCCUCUCCCCAGCUCACCACUGCAGCCUCUCCCUCCAUCUCCUCCUCCUCCUCCAAGUCACCAGGCACAGGACCCUCAGAGUCACCAGAAGCUCUGGCGCCCUUGCUGCAGGGCCCGGAGGCGCCUCUUCUAG